ACGCGUAAAAUUCAAUGCAUUGACUGAUUUGGCGUGGAUAGCGGGAUUGAGUCUGCAUUCAGUGUAACCUAGUGUGUGCUACGAGGAGGUAUAAGUCCUGGUUUGUUGUAUUUUAGAGUUGCAUCUGUUUAUACGUUUAUUCAAGAUGUCCACGGAAGCUGAAAUAGUUAAAGGAACCGAAGACGCAACUACGGAGGAACAGCAGGAAAUGGACGACACCGUGGUUAGUCCAGAGAAGGCGGAGGAGGUCAAACUGAAGGCUAGGUACCCCCACUUGGGGGCAAAACCGGGGGGCUCUGAUCUGCUCCGGAAACGGCUGCAGAAGGGCAUAAGUGGCAAAACGCAAAAGUAUUUUGACUCGGGCGAUUACAACAUGGCUAAAGCCAAGAUGAAGAACAAGCAGCUUCCUGCGGCCACCACUGAGAAGGCGGAGAUCACGGGCGAGCACAUCCCCACCCCCCAGGACCUCCCACAGAGGAAGGCCCACAUCAUGGCCAGCAAGCUGGCCGGCUGAGACCAGCUCCCAGAUGUGGCUCACUGUCCUCCUCCUUCUCCUCCAUCCUGUGCCCUCUGCUGUUUAUACUCCUCACCCCCCCCCCCCCCCCCUCCUCCUGCACAGGUUCUCUGAGGGAGUAAACCAACUCCACUAGUUGUGAUCAGUAAUCCCAAUCCUAUUGACCAGUGCUGCUUGAGAAUGAUGUAUGUUAUCAAAAUGAAUUGGCUUUGGAAUAACCUUCUGGAAAGUUUACUUCAAGUGUACUGUAGUAGUGAUGGUGAGGUUUUUUGUAUCAUAUUUCGUUAUGAUAGAAUGAAGGCAAAGUUUUGUGUGUUAGUGUUUUACAAUUUUAGGCUAAUUCCUGAAGAUUUAAUCUGCAUUAUGAGAAUUCUACCUGAAUGAUUUCACACAGUUCCUUUGUGCUCUUGUCCUCCUCUGUGACUGGAGUUGUGAGUCUCAACAUCUUCACCCUGGGAGCGUUUGUAACGUACGGCCUCUCCAAGACUAUUCUCUCCUUCUCCAGUCAUCCGACCUAGAAAUGGCCUUAAACCAUCACCUCCUGUGGAAUUCUGGGCAAUAUUUGUCCCUUUUCUCCCUCUGUGUAUCUGGUCAGGAGAUUGUGUGCUGUGAUUCAACUGAAACCAGUGCCAGUUAGGUUCCGUUGCUUGGAAACUUGUAAAAGAAUGAACUCAGAGGUGUGCAUAUGCAUUUACUGUCACAUUUGUGCCAAUGUUUUUGUAAAUAAAAUAGUUUUGCACUAUA